AUGGAAGUUGCGCACCAAGAAGAUCCAAUCAAUCAGCUGCUUGAACAUUCCAACAAGCGCCCUAUUGACAGGGUCCUCUCCACAUCGCCUCCUCAGGCCAUCAAGCGAGUCUGCCUUGAGCAAGACCUUCAGCAAGAAGACCACCUUAUGAUCCAUCAGCCUACGCCUCGCUCGCCGACAUUCUCAAUCGUCCCUUUUUUGGAGAGCCUCACUUCUUCGCAACCUAGUCAGCCAAUUGACAGGGUUGGAACUUGGCUCGAAACCGGCUACCCCUUUAGUCGAGACGAAGACGCUCGCUCUGACGGUUUUGUUCAAUCUUUCACCGCAGCGGACCCUCGAAUUGUUCACUCAGCUCCAGCUACCAUCCUCAUAGCUCCUCCAAGCCGCCCUGGGAGUGGUCUCCCUCAUACUCCCUCGUCUUACGGCCGCGGAGGCCCCUCUGGGUCUUCAGCCCGAAAUGGGACCCCAUCUGGUGAUUCAACCUCUGGUGGUAGGACUGGCUCUCUGGUGGAGAAUCCUUUGUACGAGGACUUGAACCUCGCGGCCAACAACAUUUACUACCGCGAUCGCCGAGAGCCACUGCCCCAGCACGUUGCCAACCUUGUUCAGAGAGUUCAGCGGCAGCGUAUCUCGCCCACUCCAUCCAUCAGUGAUAUCCUAGCUGAUGAUGGUCUGGCUGCCCUCGAGCGAGGUGCAGGUGAGUCCACUGUUGAACAAUACUUCCAGAACAACUUGGUUCCCCAGCGCCCCCGCAACGACCCUCUGAAGCGAAGCGAUAAAGCCCCCUUCCAGAAGCACGCGGUUCCCAACACUGGAACCCAAUACCGAGUCAGCAACCCUACUCCAGACGUCACUUCUGGUUACAACCUCGGCGCGUUCACCACGGCCCAGAAAAUGCAGCUUGGCAAGACUCCCAACAUGUCUGCCAUGAACAACGAGGGCAUAUGGACCCUCAAGCAAUGGAAGUCUUGCCGUCGGCAGGAGGUUCGCCAAAUCGACAGUGCCUCCUUCAGUAUCGCCAUGAACGGCACCGAGGCCCGUCUCUUCAUCUCGUGGAAGCAGCAGGACUUGUUCAACGUCCAAAAGGUUCGAAGCUUUGCUCUUCAGGAACCCGACCACUUCAUUGAGUUCCGCAAAGGGACGGAAGGCUACUUUGAAGGCUCGACCCCCUCCCGCCCGACCUGGGUCUUCUCUUCGGCCUAUCAAGCGACAGAAGGGCUUCUAGAGACUUUCCAACCAACGCCGUUCUGGCAGCUGAAGUUCUUAAACCUGAGAACGACGGCACCUUUCCUUACAUAUGUACGAGAUCAAGAUGUUAUUAGGCAAGCCCAAAGACCAAAAUCGGAAACGAGCGGCAUGGUGAGACAGCAGGCAUCAAGGAACCGACAUAACUACCGAGAGCCCCCCAAUCCUUCCCAGACUUACAUUGCCAUUGCGUCCUUACUAUGUCCUCUUUACUUGUGGACUAUGGCAGCAGUACUGACAAAGCCAGAGAGGCAUGGCAAGGAUCAAGGCGAGCAAUGCUCAGGCGGUUCGUUGCUGGUAGCCAAGUUGGUCCAUUUGAUGCUAAAAGGGAGCGCCAAAGGCACUCCCAAGGAUGCCAACUAA